CCGGCCCCGCAGCCCCCCCCCAGCCCCGGCCGCCCCCCGGGGCCGUCCCCAGCCGUGGCCAAAGCCAAAGAGUUCGUGGCCGACAUUUUCCGCCGCGCCAAAGAAGCCACGGGGGGGACGCCGGCGGAGGAAGAGGAGGAGGAGGAGGAAGAAGAAGAAGAAGGGCGGGGGGGAGGCCCUGCUGCAGCCCCCCAGCCCCGCUGCCCCCCCGUGCCCCCCCCGUCCCCGCGGGGCGACCGCAGCCCCCCGACAGCGGGAUCCCCCCCCGGAGAACCAGGCUACGUCAACUACACCAAGCUGCGCUACGUGCUGCCC